CUGACAGCACAUAACUGUACUUAGUGAAUACAUACAGUUUAGUAUCUACUAACAAAAAUGGAGAUACCAGUUACGUAUUGUUUGUGUGGUCGUUCUUAUGAUGCUGAACAAUUUAUGAUACAAUGCGAUAUUUGCAAGGAAUGGUACCACGGCGGGUGUGUAACUCUAAAAGAGUACAUGUCAAUAGACCUUGAUAAAUAUCAUUGUCCUAAAUGUGAGACGAUAUGUGGACCGUCUAUCAUGAAAACUAGAUUGAAUUGGCAUAGACACGAUUAUACCGAAAUAGAUGCUGAUUCUAAGCCUGUUCAAACUGGAACUCCAGUAUUCAUUAGAGAAUUAAAAUCCAGACAUUUUCCUAAAGCUGAUGAUAUAGUAAAACACGUCAGGGGACAACAAUUAACGUUACAAUAUCUACAAACUAAUGGAUUUGAAACACCUAUCAUUAUAGAUGGCAAAGAUGGUCUCGAUAUGAGCGUACCUCCUCCAAACUUUAGUGUUUACGAUGUUGAAAGUUAUAUAGGUGGAGAUCGUGAAAUGGAUGUGAUAGAUGUUACAAGACAAAGUAACAUUCGAAUGAAAUUACGAGACUUCGUAGAAUAUUACAAUUCCCCUUGUCGGACAAGGGUUUUUAAUGUGAUAAGUCUCGAAUUUACAAAUACUGGUCUUUCACCAAUGGUCGAAGCACCAUACAUCGCGCGCAAACUUGACUGGGUAAACUCUGUUUGGCCACGUGAUUGGCCCGAGGAAAGCGAUAUAAAGCGUCCUGAAGUACAAAAAUAUUGCCUAAUGGGAGUCAAAGACAGUUUCACAGAUUUUCAUAUAGAUUUUGGCGGGACUUCCGUAUGGUAUCAUGUAUUAAGGGGGGAAAAAGUGUUUUACCUUAUAAAACCGACACCAGCAAAUUUACAAUUAUAUCAGCACUGGAUGUGCAGUUCAACACAGAGUGAAACUUUCUUUGGAGACCAGGCUGAUGCAUGUUACAAAUGCGUUAUUAAACAGGGCCAGACUAUGAUGAUACCAACCGGUUGGAUACAUGCCGUCUUAACUCCAGUCGAUUCUUUGGUUUUCGGUGGAAAUUUUGUACAUAGUCUCAAUAUUCCUAUGCAGAUACAGAUAUAUGAGUUGGAAAGAAAGAUGAAAACCCCUGCCAAAUUUCAAUAUCCCGGUUUUGAAACGGUUAAUUGGUUUGCUGCUAAAAAAUUGCUUAAAGAACUGAAGGAAUUAAAUAACGAAGAGAAAAAAUGUCCGUCGUAUUUUUUACAAGGUGUUAGAGCGUUAUUAAGUAUUUUAAAACAAUGGAACACUGAUAAAGAUUACAAUAUGAUCAGCCGAAGUCAAAUACCGGAUACGAUAAAUAGUCAAAAAUUAUUGAAAGAUUUUAGUAAAGAAAUACGACACGCGGAAAGAUAUUUAAUAUCAUUAAAUCCUCCUAAACCGGAGCGUGAAAGUAAACGAAAGAAAAAGAAGCCAUUGAAUAAAGAUUUCGUAGAUUACGAUGUUGCGGAUAAAAUGGCAGAAAAUCCUUUUAAAGCGACAUUAAAGGAAACAAAUAAAGUUGGAACAUUAAUUAGCGAUAAUAUACCGACUAAUCGGCCACCAUUAAAAUUAACUUUAUCAAAACCCGUUAUGUAUCCAUAUGUUAAAAAUACGCCGAUGGAAGAAAAACAUGUUAAUAGUUCUACUCAGAAACGUACAUCCAAACCAGGAAAACAAAGUCCUACCGUAAUUAGAUUCAAAUUGGGAAACAACGAAGUUGUUAGAAGUACAAACGAUAAUAUCAAUUUAAAAAAUAAUUUUCCAUCGAAUCAUACUACUGUGGUAACGAAAGAACUUGGUUGGAAUCGAACAUCUGUAUAUGAUUUUCAUGACGGUAGUAAUGAAAGUGAUUAUGGUAGAUUUACUAUAGACGAGUCUCCAAAAAGAAGAAGAAAUUCUAAAUCUAACACACAGAAACGAUUUAAGCGAGAUUACGAUGGCGACGUUGAUAUUCUAAAUGAUAUGCCUAAAAAUGGUAUCGAAGAAUUAUUGAAAGCAUCAGCGUAUACAUUGGGAAAUGCUCCACAAAGAUUAGACAUUACACCAUCCACGAUUCCACAGUACAGUCAACCUGUGCCACCACCUCCUACAGGUAUUUAUAAAUUGAAAACGGCUAGUUCUGACAGGGCAUCACCAUCAACUCGUGAAGCCAUUGCCGGAAUGUUAUCGUUCAGCGAGCAAUGUUACUCGACAACCUCAAGUAAUUCCACGAAACCAACAAAAAUUGAAAAGACACAACGCAAUAAUGCCAAUGAUGAUGACGAUCAAUUAAUAGAAAAUAUUGAUAAAGUUCAUCAGGAUGAUGAUUUUAUUUAUCCGGCUUUGGAUGCUUCUGACGAUGAAGAUUAUAUUUUCAAACCAAAAGCAAAAAGUCAGAUAGAUGAAGCAUGGAAUCCGAAAGCCAGAGUUGGGCCACUCUUGCCAAAGACAAAUCGACCGGCACGAGAAGGAGUAAGGAAAACUUCUGUGGAAAAGGGAUUGGAAGCAGCAGCCGCAAAACGGGCAAAACAAGCGGGUGAAUAUCUGGAUAACGACAUGGACAAGAUUACGAAGAAGAAAUUGAAUACAACGAAGAGGACGUACAAUAAGAAAAAGCAAAAGGACACAUCUGUUACGUCUGUGCCAACUUCAGUUAUACCUAUGGAAAACAUUGUGAAAACAAGUAGUGGAUAUGGAUCGAUAUUGACGAGUCCAAAUAGGUUGAAAGAUGUUAAGGCUAAGUUAGCUGCACCAGUUCCAAUUGAACGUAAACCUAGAAAGGGAAUGAAAACAGCUAAACAACGUCUGGGAAAAAUUUUAAAACUUCAUAAAAUGAUGCAUUAGAUAAAGAACUGACAUUAACAAUUAUCACAUCACAUCACAUCAUUCAUUCAUUGAUACAUUAAAUUCGUAAUAGAUGUAAAUUGCUAAUAUAAAUUGUAAAUAUAUAUAUCGGAUAAUUCAAAAAGGUGAUACUAAACACCUAUAUUUAUUAUUGUAUCGUUUAAUAGUUACUUUCUUGUCAAUUUCUUCAAUUUGUUUAAUUUUUUAUCGGAUUUCUUUUACAUUUUUUUUUUUUUUUUUUUUUUUUUUUUUUUUUUUUUCUCAAAAUGAAUCAAACUGUUUUUAAAUAUUCGUAUUAUCCUUUAAAAUUCGUGUUUUAUAAUUAAUUUAUAAAAUUUUAGUGUAUAAUGUGGGGCCUGAGAAAAUAUAAGCUCAGUGCCUGUAUGAAUCUCACAGACUAAUACAAUUUAUGUAGUAUGACAAGGUUUAUUAAACUUUUUUUUUCUUUUUUUCUUUUUCUUUUUUUUUUCUUUUUUUUUCUUAAUAUAGGGAUAUAAUAUAUAAUAUAGAUUUAAUUUUAGAACUUUUGUUACUUAGUUUGUAUUUAUAGAGAGGCUGUAGAGUACAGAAAUUGUUAUAGCAAACAGAAUUUAUUAUUUUAGCAAGCAAACUCUAUAUUGUUAUUCCAUAGUAUAUUGUAUACAAACAAUUUUGUCGUCUGAAGAAUCUUAAUGUUUAUUUAUUAAUAUUAUUAUUAUUAUUAUUAUUAUUAUUAUUAUUAUUAUUAUUAUUAUUAUUAUUACUAUUACUAUUAUUAAUUUGAUCGAACAUGAAAAAAAAAAACUGUCAUGAAAAAUAAUUUAAUAUAAAGGAAAUUUUCUUACAAAAAUCAGAUAUAUAAUUUUAAAGGAUAUUUAAAAAUUUAAUGUUAUUCUUUUAUCUUAACGUCCUCAUCUAAUGUAUUGAGCAUUUUAUAUUUAACGAUAAAUAUAAGAUAUAAAUAAUAUAAGCAAAAAGAUUUGCUUUUAUCUCGGGCUUACUCUUUCAGUAAGAGUUUCUCUUUUCUCUUUCAAAUUGGCAUUAAUUAAAUAAAUAAUUAUUAAGAAAAAAAAUAUUAAUGUAUAUCAUUUUUCAUACUAAUUGUAAAGAAGUAUUGUAGGUUAUAAAUUAAACUAUAAUCACAUAAUUAUGCUUGUAAAUAUUAAGAUGUAAUGGUAUAAUAUUCAUAAAAAAUUUCUCAUCGGAUAUUAGACAGGUACGCAUGAAAAUUAUUAAAAUUAAAAAAAAAAAUAUAUAUAUAUAUAUGUACUGAAGGGUUGUGACAAAUUACUUUUACAAUGAUUUAUAAUUGUGUUAGUAUAAGUAUUUAUAGUUAGAAAAAAAGCAAUAUCUGAUAAUAUGAUGAAAAAAAAUUCAUCGUAGAUCUUAUUGGAUUACGAUGUGGCAUAUUCUUAUGAAUUAUAUGUAGUCACGUUUUUCAAUUCUUAGUUAAAAAAAAAAAAAAAAAAAAAAGAAAAAAAGAAAAAAAAGAAAAAAAGAGAGAAAAAGAAAAAAAAAUAAUAAUAAUAAUACUGUACAUUAUAUAUUAUCAAGCGUUUACUUAAUAGCAGGCUGUAUACAUUUAUGUAAGAUACAAUAAUCAAAUGAGAAAAUACGAUGAGGUAAAAUUCUGUAUAAAAUCAAGUGUAAUAGAUUCAAUCAAUUUGUAUGAAUUUUUAAUGUCUG